AUGUCGUCUCGAACUCAAGAGACCAUUGCUCUUCUGGACGAAGUCCAACCUGAUGCAUUUGGCGGCAAUGAGGUAGAGCGUCUUCAAGUACGUGCUGCCGCGCGUCGACUGCAUGUGAGGGUCGAGACACCCUACGAACGUGCAUGGGGCUUCUGCUUUGAGCAUCCGGUUGUUUUUGUGGUGUUGCAGAUGUGCAUUGAUGUUGGUAUUUGGAAGGCUUGGACUGAUGUGGGGGGAGGUGAGAAAUCUAUUUAUGAGCUUGUGGAAUUGACUACUCCAACCGUGGAUACCAAUUUAUUGCGUCGAUUGUUUCGCUUACUAGCGGCUUUCAACGUGGUCGAGGAGAGAGCAGAGGGCAAAUUCAAACCUACUCCAUUUUCAUAUGCUAUCGGUGAUGAUAGUACCAAAGUUCGCGCCUCCCUUCAAGCAGCAACAUAUCAAUACAUUGCAGCUGGUCACAACUUGCCCACCUACCUCGCCAAGACAUCUCACAAAGAACCCACAGAUAUCAACGUGAACAACUACUCAGAGGCCGACAAGGAUGGUCUCGACUUUUUUGGGCGGCUGCAGAAAAGCUCAGCUUACUUUGAGGCUUUCACCGGGCAUAUGGAGAAGGUGCAAAGCUCGAAUGAUGGAUCUCCGUUUAUGGUGGAUGUCGGUGGAAACACCGGUAUCGAUAUUUCCCGCGUCCUUGAAAAGCAUCCAGACCUCCCGAAAGGAUCGCUGGUCCUACAUGAUCUUCUCGAUGUCAUUGUCAAUGCCCAGGUUGAUGAGAAGGUGACGGCGAUGGCUCAUGACUUUUUCCUGCCGCAGCCAGUGAAAGGGAGCCGUGCUUACUUUAUGCACGCUGUUCUCCACGAUUGGCCUGAUGACAAGGCUCGGCUACUUCUUGAAAAUACCAAAGAUGCGAUGGUGAAGGGCUACUCGAAGCUCCUUGUUUACGAUAUUGGGGCGUGGGAGAAGCUACUGACUGAGUCGGGAUUCAAGGUCGAAAAGUUCUGGCCUGAUCCUCAGCAGUAUGAGAUGAUUAUUGAGGCUGAGAUUGCUUAG